GAACGAUAACACCUCCUAAGUUGACGAUUGUAGACCAAAAUUCUUCGAAAAAUAUCUGAAAUUCCGACGGUGAAUCGAGAAAUCUCAGAUUUUACGGAGAGAGGAAAAAAUUCACGAUUUGGAGAGAGGUUGAAGAUGAUCGAUACAUAUUAGAUUCAGUGAUCGUAAUUCAGAAAACACCAUGGAUAAGGAAACGGAGAUUCUGUCCCGUCUCGCUGCGAACCACCUUCACCUAGCUCAAUUUGAGCCGUUGAAGGCUACGCUGCUCGCUCUCAGGGUUCGUAACCCAGACCUCGCACUCACGAUUCUCCAGACCAUCGUCUCCAACGCUGGAAGAUUCGAGAAUGUCCUCUGGUCACGGUCCUGCCCUUCCCCGUCUCUUCUCGCGUUCCUCUCGACGAUUGAGCUUCUGCGAUUCGAAACCCCUACUGAGCCCUGGGGAUUCGAUUCGGAGACUCUAAGUUUGCGAGCGGAUUUCUUGUUGAUGGUCCAGGUCUUGAUCGACCGGGUUUCAGAGAGGAUUAGGGAUGAGCAGAGAGUAGAGUUAGAGAGUGAGGAAGAAGAAUCGGAGAAAAGGGAUGAAAAUGGUGGGUUAAGAGACUGUGUACGGAUUUUGCAGGGUUUUUUGGAUUUAGGAGUUGAGAGGUUGAGAUUUGAUGUUGAUACAAUUAGCAGUGGAGGAAGUUAUAUGAUUGAGGAAGAGGAAGUUGUGUCGUUGAGGAGUAUAGUAUUGGAUUACUCUGAUGUUUUCGAUGCUUUAUGCUGUAAUAUCAAGAGGCAACUUAUUGCUUCCGAGAGUUAUGUGACAAGUUUGGUGGAUGAAGCUGAGAGAGAAGAAGAACAAGAAACGGAGAGAAACGAGGCGAAUGGGAUUGGUUCUCGAGAGCAGGAUAACAACAACGUGUUUGCUUUGAUACAGAGAAAUGUUCAGUUAGCACAGUUGGAUGCUAUGAGAAAGAAAUUGGAUGAAGGGGAUGAGCGAGGUGCGGUUGAUCGCAUACGUUAUCUUCACCUUGAUUAUGGAGUAGACAAAGAGAAUUAUCAUGCUGUUCUAAAAGCUCUCCUUUCAAGAGUUAUGGAGAAAAAGGAUGAAUAUGGUGACUCAUGGGACAUGGUGCGCCAGAACUUGCUGUUUAUUUACAAAGAAGCUCUCUCGUCCAAUUGCGGAGAUCUUGUUCUGAUGAUUCAGGGUAUUCAAGAUGAUAUGCUCCUCCCAGAUAGCCAGCUACAUUUAUCUCUCGACAAUGACCAACUUCCACUCCCUCUUGAGUGUUUCCGGCGAUAUUGUGUAGAAUUGAAAACUGAGAGAAAUAUGGAGGACAAAAGUUCCCCUAUGAACAGGGCAAUUAAUUCGUGCCUCAGAGACAUGUAUCAUUAUGCUCGUAUAUCUGGAUCACAUGUGCUUGAGUGUGUGAUGUGUGCUGCUUUGUCUUCCGUAAAGAAAGAGAAGCUUCAGGAGGCUAAUGAUGUUCUUACUUUGUUUCCCCGACUUCGCCCAUUAGUAGCUUCCAUGGGUUGGGAUCUGUUGCCUGGAAAAACUGCAGCUCGUAGAAAAUUGAUGCGGCUGCUUUGGUCUAGUAACUCACAAGCAAUUCGGUUACAAGAGUCUUCUCUUUAUGGAGACCAGAGAGAUGAAAAAUCUUGUGUGGAACAUCUCUGCGAUACAUUAUGCUAUCAAUUGGACCUUGCAUCUUUCGCUGCUUGUAUCAAUUCUGGUAAAUCAUGGACUCCCAAGGCAUCUUUCCUGAUGCAUGGUAAUGUGUCAUCUGAGGAUGAUGAUGCGGAGGUGGAUCCUUUUGUUGAAAAUCUUCUGUUGGAAAGGCUUUCGACGCAGAGUCCACUUCGGGUGUUGUUUGAUGUUGUUCCGGGCAUAAAAUUCAAAGAAGCUAUUUCACUGAUUAGUAUGCAGCCUAUUGCUUCAACUGCAGAAGCCUGGAAGAGGAUACAAGAUAUUGAAUUGAUGCAUAUGCGUUAUGCUUUGGAGGCUAUUGUUUUAGCAUUAGGUGCAAUGGAAGAGGCGAUGAAAGAUGAGACGGAUGCUAGUCAUCGAGUGGUAUUUUACCAUUUAAAAGACCUCGCUAGCCAUUUGGAGGCUAUUAAAAUUUUCCCACGCAAGAUUAUGAUGGUCAACAUAGUAAUUUCGCUCUUACAUAUUGAUGAUAUUCGUCUCAGUUCGACCCCUAGCUUGGAUCCUGGCGAUCUUUCUACAGAAGGGGAAAAUGAAAUUGUUAUAUCUUUCACAAGAAAGCUACUCAAUCUUUUACGCCGCAAUCUUUCAUCAGAUCUGACUGAACAAGAGUGUCAACUGGAUGGUAAUUAUAGUGCUGAUGGAAGACGGGCUUUAGAAUGGAGAGUAUCUAUGGCUAAACGUUUCAUUGAAGAUUGUGAAUGGCGGUUAUCUAUUAUGCAGCAUCUUCUGCCACUUUCUGAACGUCAGUGGGGUUUCAAGGAGGUUUUGAGUGUUCUACGGGCGGCCCCUGCAAAACUGCUUAACCUAUGUAUGCAAAGAGCUAAGUAUGACAUUGGGGAACAGGCAGUUCAUCGGUUUUCAUUAUCAGCAGAGGAUAAGGCUACUCUUGAAUUAGCUGAAUGGGUGGAUAAUGCCUUCAACAGAACAUUGGUAGAAGAUGUGAUGUCUCGUACUGCUGAGGGAGCAUCUCCCGUGCAAGAUUUAGAUUUUCGUUCUUUAGGCUCUCAAUUGAGUCCAUUGGCUGUGAUUCUACUAUGCAUAGAUGCGGCUGCUUCUUCUGCCAAGUCUCCAACAAUUUCCAAACAACUUUUGGAUAAGGCAAGCAGUGUUCUUGAUUUCCAUUCUCAAGUUAUGUUAUCCGAAAUAUAUCCUGGAGGAUCUCCAAAGGUGGGGUUUACUUACUGGGAUCAAGUCCACGAAGUUGCAAUCAUCUCUGUAUUGCGAAGGAUCUUAAAGCGUCUGCAGGAAUUUCUUGAACAGGAUAACCCUCAAAUUCUUCAAGCCAGUUUUAGUGGUGAUACCAUCAUUUCAUCUUCCACGGAAUCUCAUAGACAGGGACAAAAAGAUCGUGCUCUUGCAUUGCUACAUCAAAUGAUUGAGGAUGCUCACAAGGGCAAGCGACAGUUCCUGAGUGGUAAGCUUCAUAACCUGGCGAGAGCAAUCACUGAUGAAAAACCAGAAGUAGACGUACUCAAAGGGGACGGAUCAGACAUGGCCAUUGAGAAAGAUGGAGUUCUUGGUCUUGGGCUAAAAUAUACGAAGCAUAGUCCUUCUGGUUCAUCAAGUAGAGAUGUGGAUGGAAAUUUUCUUUCCCAUGAAAGAGAAGAGAAGGGGAAGAGGUCAUUUGGCCCAUUAAGCAACAAAACCUCUACUUAUCUAUCUCAGUUCAUCCUCUAUAUUGCUGCUAUUGGUGACAUAGUAGACGGCACUGAUACAACCCAUGAUUUCAACUUUUUCUCUCUUGUUUAUGAAUGGCCUAAAGACCUAUUGACGCGUCUGGUGUUUGAUCGAAGUAGCACAGAUGCAGCUGCGAAAGUUGCUGAGGUCAUGUCUGCUGAUUUUGUUCAUGAAGUGAUAUCUGCGUGUGUUCCCCCAGUUUAUCCUCCACGUGCUGGUCAUGGAUGGGCUUGUAUUCCCGUCAUUCCAACAAUCCCAUCUCCUCACUCGGAAAGUAAAGUGCUCUCUCCUUCAAAAGAGGCUAAACCCAACUGUUACGUCCGCUCCUCAGCAACACCUGGUGUCCCUCUCUAUCCUCUUCAGUUAGAUGUAAUACGGCAUUUGGUAAAAAUAUCCCCUGUACGAGCAAUUGUAGCUUGCGUAUUUGGUGGGAGCAUAUUGUACAACGGCAGUGAUUCAUUCAUAUCUAGCUCCUUGAACGAUGAGUUUACAAGUUCUCCUGAUGCAGACCGAUUGUUUUAUGAAUUUUCUCUUGAUCAAUCUGAGAGGUUUCCCACUUUAAACCGAUGGAUACAAAUGCAGACCAACCUUCAUCGAGUUUCUGAAUAUGUUGUGACGCCUAAACAAACACCUGAUGACACACAGAUUAAACCUGAUGAAAGAACUGCGAUCAAGAGACUUCUUGAACAUGACAAUGACUCGGAGUCGGAUGCGGAAGAAUUUUUUUCUAACAGUAACAUUCAACCAGCAAUGACAGACAGCAGUGCUCGUGAUGGUCGACCCUUUGAAACUGGAAUUGGUAGAACUGAUCCUACAGUUUUCCUUUCUUUUGAUUGGGAGAAUGAAGUACCAUAUGAGAAAGCUGUAAAUAGAUUAAUUGAUGAAGGAAAACUUAUGGAUGCUUUAGCACUUUCAGACCGCUUCUUGCGGAAUGGGGCUUCUGAUUGGUUACUUGAGCUCGUAAUCAAAAGUAGAGAAGAAAAUCCUUCAACAUUAGGAAGGUCUCAGGGAUAUGGAGGUCAGAGCAACAGUUGGCAGUAUUGCCUGCGGCUAAAGGAUAAACAGCUGGCAGCGACACUGGCUCUUAAUUUUGUUCUGUCCUGGAUCGGGAUUGAAACUCUGGUACGUCUUGGUUUCAGGUAUAUGCAUACGUGGGAGCUUGAUGCGGCUUUAAAUGUUCUUACAAUGUGUAGUUGUCAUCUCUUAGAAAGCGAUCCAGUUAGCUCUGAGGUGUUGCAUAGGAGAAAAGCUCUGCAGAAAUACAGCCACAUACUUUCUGCAGAUGAUCGCCAUAAUAGCUGGCAAGAGGUAGAAGACGAAUGUAAAGAAGACCCUGAAGGCUUGGCUUUAAGAUUGGCUGGAAAAGGAGCUGUUUCUGCUGCUCUGGAAGUUGCUGAAAGUGCAGCAUUAUCAAUAGAUCUUAGAAGAGAAUUACAAGGAAGACAGCUUGUAAAGCUUCUAACCACUGAUCCACUCAAUGGUGGUGGUCCUGCAGAAGCGUCUCGAUUUCUAUCUUCACUUCAAGACUCGGCUGAUGCUCUGCCAGUUGUUAUGGGUGCAAUGCAGUUAUUACCUGACCUUCGGUCAAAACAGCUCCUGGUCCAUUUCUUUCUCAAGCGAAGAGAUAGCAACCUCUCGGAUUUGGAAGUUUCCCGGCUUAAUUCCUGGGCUUUAGGUCUGAAAGUGUUAGCUGCAUUGCCGCUUCCUUGGCAACAGAGAUGCUCUUCGCUUCAUGAGUAUCCCCAUUUAAUAUUUGAAGCUCUUCUGAUGAGAAAACAACUACAAUAUGCCUCACUGAUACUCAAAGAGUUCCCAGCAUUAAGAGAUAACAAUGUUAUCAUGGCCUAUGCAGCAAAAGCUAUUGCUGUUACAGUUAGCCCACCACCACCAAGAGAACCUCGAAUAACUGUGUCUGCGUCACGGCUAAGACAAAAGGCAAGGGCAGGGCCAGCAAAAGCAUCCUUCACUAGUAGUUUAAGCAAUUUUCAGAGAGAGGCUCGACGAGCAUUUUCAUGGACUCCGCGUAAUACUGAAAACAGGACGACGUCAAAGGAUGUUCGUAAACGAAAAAAUUCCGGGCUGGGGCCACCUGAGAGAGCUGCUUGGGAGGCGAUGACAGGUAUUCAAGAGGACCAAGGGUCAUCUUAUUCAGCAGACGGACAAGAUAGACUACCUUCUGUUUCUAUUGCAGAAGAGUGGAUGCUAAGUGGCCAAACAACCAAAGAUGAAGCUGUACGUGCAUCUCACAAAUAUGAAAGCACCCCGGAUAUUACUCUCUUCAAGGCUCUGCUCUCACUUUGUUCAGAUGAGCUAGUAUCAGCAAGAACUGCCUUGGACUUAUGCAUCAAUCAAAUGAAGAACGUAUUGAGCUCCAAGCAGUUAUCAGAGGCUGCAUCUGUUGAAACGAUCGGCCGAGCAUAUCAUGCAACAGAGGCAUUUGUACAGGGUUUAUCUUAUGCUAAAUCAUUGCUGAGAAAGCUUCUAGGUGCCUCUGAAUUGAACAGUAGCAAUGGUGAAAGAAGUAGAGAUCUUGAUGAUAUAUCUUCUGAUGCUGGGAGUUCCAGUGUUGGCAGUCAAUCAACGGAUGAAUCAUCCGAAGUUCUCUCACAUGCAGAAAUUUGGUUGGGGCGUGCAGAGUUGCUGCAGAGUCUCCUAGGGUCUGGUAUUGCUGCUUCUCUUGAUGACAUUGCUGAUCAAUUGUCAUCCGAAAGUCUACGAAACAGAUUAAUAUCUGAGGAACGGUAUAGUAUGGCGGUUUAUAUGUGCAAGAAAUGCAAGAUUGAUGUUUUUCCUGUGUGGAAAGCAUGGGGUCUUGCUUUGUUGCGGAUGGAGCGCUAUGCCCAAGCUCGAGUCAAAUUCAAGUAUGACCAUUUGGCUAAAAGCGCACCAACAAUUUUGGACGAUUCUCUAUCAGCAGAUUCAUACUUGAAUGUUCUCCAUAUGCCGUCCACUUUCCCUCGUUCAGAGAGGUCGAGGAGAUCUCUGGAAUUAGAAAAGAAUAGUUCUGUGCCUGGUUCAGACUUUGAAGAUGGGCCCCGAAGCAAUUUGGAUAGUACUCGCUAUUCUGAGUGUACCAACUACUUACAGGAACAUGCCCGCCAAAACCUGCUUGGUUUUAUGUUCCGGCAUGGUCACUUUAAAGAUGCAUGCAUGUUAUUCUUUCCACCAAGUGCUUUUCCCCCUCCUUUGCAAACUUCAUCUGUGGGCGCAGUAAGCUCGUCUUCAUCACCUCAACGAACGGAUCCAUUGACAACUGAAUAUGGGAGCGUUGAAAGUUUGUGCGAGUUUUGUGUUGGUUAUGGAGCUAUCUCAUCCCUUGAGGAAGUAAUUACAGAAAGACUUGAAUCUGCAAAGCACCAAGAUCAAGCCAUAAAUCGGUACAUAGCCGGAGCUCUUACACGUAUCUGUGUUUUCUUCGAGACAAACCGGCAUUUCAAUUACCUAUACAAGUUUCUGGUACUCAAGAAGGAUUAUGUCACCUCUGGGUAUUGCUGUAUUCAGCUUUUUAUGAAUUCUACCACACAGGAGGAAGCUGUAAGGCAUCUCGAGCAUGCAAAGGCACACUUCGAAGAAGCAUUGGCAGCACGUCAUAGAGGUUCAGAAUCGAAAAAACUUGUUACGAAGGGUGUUAGAGGUAAAGGUACCUCUGAGAAGCUGAGUGAAGAAGCUCUUGUUAAGUUGUCCUCUCGGGUGAAAAUGCAGAUUGAUGUGGUAAAGUCCUUCAUUGACUCUGAAGGAGCACCAUGGAAGCUGUCCUUGUUUGGAAAUCCAAAUGAUUCAGAGACAUCCAGGAGAAGAUGUGAAAUUGUAGAGACCCUUGUUGAGAAAAAUUUCGACUUAGCUUUUCAAGUUAUAUAUGAAUUCAAGCUAUCAGCUGUUGAUAUAUAUGCUGGUGUCGCUUCAUCACUAGCCGAUAGGAAGAAAGGAAGUCAAUUGACCGAACUAUUCAAAAACAUUAAGGGAACAAUCCAAGAUGAUGACUGGGAUCAGGUCCUGGGUGCUGCGAUCAAUGUAUAUGCUAACAAGCACAAAGAGCGCCCUGAUCGUCUCAUAGACAUGUUAACAAGCAGCCAUCGAAAGGUGCUGGCUUGCGUGGUAUGUGGCCGCCUGAAAAGCGCGUUCCAGAUCGCAUCCAAAAGCGGUAGCGUGGCUGAUGUUCAGUAUGUAGCUCAUCAAGCCUUACAUGCUAAUUCUCACACAGUACUCGGUAUGUGCAAGCAAUGGCUAGCCCAAAACAUGUAAAGACCCUGUAAUCUCCAUGACAUCGGUUCAAGCCAACGUGAAAACUUUUGAGAGCCUGGUGGAAAAUGGUUGAAUCUAUCAUAUGAAGAUCAUUGACCGAUGGUUUUCAGUUGCGAGAUUAUGGGCUCUGUGUGGUAAAACACAAAAUAGAGAAAAUGCAGAGGUCGGGAACUUCUUUUACAAUUUUUUGCAGUUGGGUUUUCAGAAUCGAUCUAUAUUGUUUUUGUGUUGCGAAAUAAAAUGGGAAGAUUUUAUAGAACAACUCGAAACAAAGAUUUAACAAAGAAAGAGUGUAACUUUCAUUGAAAAGAUGUAUUGUCUUGUCUGUAUAUGUUUUUCUACUCCAUAACCUUCCAGCAAUUAACUCUUUUCCCUGCUACAUACUCUUAUUGGAAAUUACAGAUGACAAAAGAGUGGUACUGAAUUAAGGAAUUCACUAUUGUUUUCUAUAGCUAAAGCAUUAAAUUAUUUUGUCAUUACUUUUGCUCA